AUGAAAGAAAUUACCUUUAUAUUAUUGCUUUUUCCUUAUUUGUAUCUAAGCUAGCAAAUAAAUUAAAUAUUUUCACCUUCACCUUACUAUGUUAGUAGCAUUUAAUCUAUAGAAAACACAAUCCAGUAGCUUGUUGUUUGUGAUAAAUUAGGUUUACUCUUUUUAGCUAAUGGUUAAGAUGGUAUUGCUAUUCUUGAUCAAACUUCCUUUAAGGUUCUACUAUAAGUCAAGGAUAAAGGUGAAGUUGAUUUGUUAUCAGUCACUAGUGAUGGAUAAUAUUUGUUUUUCUAAUAUCAAGGUAGAAUUUCUAUGUUUUAGUUAAACACUUAGCCAAGUUAUACUUUAAACUAUAUUUGCUCUGACAACUCUAAUUUUGGCUAAAGUAUCACUUCGCUUUUCUUAUUUAAUAAUGAUAAAUGGGCAGCUGGUACUUCCAAUAAUAUCUUAGUUAUUUAUGACAUAUUCUCUAGGAGUUAAAUGAAAAUUAUUGGAUAGAUUGAUGUAUAAAUGGUCCCUUUUUAUAUUGUUUACGCUAAAAAUUCCUAUUUAUUUUUAGCAAACAUAAAUUUAAUAGCUGUAAGAUUUUAGCUCUAAUAGAAUAAUAUGCUAAGUCUUGAAAAAAUAUUUACAACUCCUGCAGAUUAUGGAUUUUAAAACAUUGUAUUGACUAACGAUUAGUAUAUUUAUGCUAUAGAUUCAUGGAGUGGUUUAUAUAUUGCUAAUUUCAUAAACUUAGAUUCUAUAAAAGAUGGCACUGUAGUUUCUUAAUUUGACUUUGAUGUUAAGGCUUGGUGGCCGUUAAAUCAAUCUCCUACUUUAAAUGAAAUAAGAUUAACAGAUGAUUAAAACUUUAUUUUAAUUGGUGCUUAAUAAUUAGGAAUAUUUAUUUUUGACAUCAGCAAAAGAAAUCAAAGUAAAUAUCCUAAGCUAUUUUAGUGGAUAAGAUCACCAGGUUACUCUUUCUCUAUUAGAUUAUCAAAGGAUGAAGGUUUCUUGUACUAUAUAAAUGGAAUUUAAUUGUAAAUCUAUUAAAAAGUUACUCCAAAUUUAAACAACGAAUAUCCUAAUCUUUUUAACACAAUUCAAGCAAAUUAAACUGUAAUAGGAACAGCGAUGUAUCGUUGGCGCUGCUACAUAACUCAGAAUGACAAAUUCUUCAUUGGAAGUUUUGAUAAAGAUGGAUUGUUUAUUUUUGAUUUGAAAGGUAAUCCAAAUAAUAUGCAACUUUUAUAAUAGGUAGUACCACAAAACAUCUAUUAUACAGAAUCAGCUAUUAUAGAUGAAGAGAGCGGAUAUAUUAUUACACCAGGAGAUAAUAAAGGCAUCCUCCUUUUUGUAUAUUAAAUGAAUUAAAUUUCUUCUAGUUAAAAAUUGUAACCAGUGUUUUCUCUCAAUGGAAAUAAUCCUAAUAUUGUAAUGGAAGGGAUCAGAUAUAACCACAAUAAAAAGUUAAUAGGAAUAGCAGCAUACACAACUGUUUUUUUAGUUGAUUCUUCAAAAGGUCUUCUAAAUUUAUAAGUCCUUUCUAGUCUUCAAAUAAGCAACUAAGUUGUAGAGCUUAUCUUUUCAUAAGACAACAAGUUUAUUUUGUGCGCAUCAAGAAAUGAUGGAUUUUUAGCUCUUUCAAUAGGAAAUAAAUAUGAGUUAUAAAUAGCUAAAUAUCUAAAAACAAACGGUGGAUUUUGUAUCAUACAAUCUCAAGAUUUAAAAUAUGCAUUUGCUUGUGAAGGACCUAAAGGCAUCGGUAUAAUCGAUUUGAGUUAUUUGCCAGAAAUAAAAUUCAUAAGUAGAAUUCAGUUAGAUGGAACAACAAUGCAAAUAACACCAUUAUACUCAGAUAAAUUUUUAUUAGUUACAAGUAAUAUUGUAGGUUUUUUAACAUUGGUUGAUAUUAGAGACCUAAAUAGUCUAAAAAUUAUCUCUAAAUUUAUGAAUGGGGAUUAAAAUGGGUUGUCUAGUUGCGUUAAUUAAAACGAACAAAUUGCAAUGUUAACGAAUACAGUAGGUAUUACUACUAUUCCUAUUAGCAAUUAGAUUUAAGUGCAUACAGAGAUAUUUUUGGUCUAGGGAUAGCAAACAAAUUAAAUUUCUUACUUAAAACAGUAAUAUAACUAAACGCUUUUGAUAGGAUAGACCUUUUAAUUUUAAUUUUAUCAAAUUUAUCCUAAGAACGGAGCAAAAUUAACGAAUGUAUAUUUUUAUUAAAAUUAUCAAAUAGUAAAUUUACCUUAUUGGAUUAGCUUUAAUUCUCAACUAGAUAGUAUAAAUAUUAGAUCAGUUAAAGAUGCUCUUGGAAACGACGCCUCUGUUCCUCAGUUAAAUACUAUUAUAUUAGAACAUAAGUUUCCAAUAACACAAAAUUCUUUUUCCUAAUAAGUAUUUAUAGAUGAUGGAAUCUAAAUAUCAUCUGAAAUGAGUUUACAAAUUUAUAAAUAACUUCGUGUAAUGGGUAUUUUAAAUUAAGAGAAUUUACUAGUAACAAGUAAUUUUGAUAGUAAUUAAGAUUUUAGAUUUUAAGAUUCCACCAUGAAUGGAAAUUAGGCUAUUUUAGACAAAGUAAAAAGAAUAUUAAAAGAAUCUGUAUGUUACAAUCCUAUUUUAUUUAAUGUUGUUAAUUCUUUGAGAUUCUUUAAAACUCCUCAAGCAGUUCCAGAAUACUCAUAAUAAAAUUUAAAUCAGUAAAUGUAGAAAUAUUUUAUAUUUUCUAUUUAAAAUGAUAUUCAAAUUUAUAUUGAAGUGCCAAAGGGAUAAGGCAAAUUUGUUAGUAUUUCUUAUGAUGGUGUUAUUGCUUAAAUAUCUAAUUUUUAAACUAGACUAAAACUAGAAGGAGAUAUUAUAAAUAUCAAUCAUGUUUUUGAAAAGCGGAUUUUAUUUUUUAAACAAGAUAAUUUAUUGACAGAUGAUUAGAUAGAAUUUCAAGCAAUCAUAAGUGAUGGGGUCAAUUAUGAUAUUCAAAGUUCUUUUUAAUUAAGCUAAGCUUAAUCAUUCAUAAUUCUUAAGUAACCUAUCAAAUUAAAUUAAAAUAAGACUUUACAAUAACAAUUUAAUUAACUUUAUCAAAAUGGUUAAGUUGGCAUUACUGAAAAUCUAGCUUUUGAGUUUAGCUCAGAUACAUUUAUUAAUCCUGAUACAAAUAUAAUUAAUUACUCUGUUUAAUUUAAAUGCGGUGAUGAUUAUUGUGAUGCCGUUUCUGGAGCUUGGAUUUAACAAUCAAGCAAUUCUCUAAGAUUCUUUGGCAGUGUUCCUGUAGGAUAAUACAGAUCUAUAGUUACAAUAAAAAUAGAAGCUACAGAUGGUUAUACAAUAAUAUCAGAUACUUUUAAUAUCUAUAUUUAUAAUAUUCCAUUUCAAUAUGUUUUAAGUUCAUUAAUUAAAAUAUUCGGACCAAUUUUGACUAUUUUUGGGCUGUAUAAAUAUCGUAGUUACUUCUUCAAUUUUACACUGAAUAAAAAUAAUUUAUAUUCAAGAGAAAAAGUAGAGGUCUUUCAAUAAUAUUACAAAAAAAUAACAAUAAUGUCUGAUGAAAACAUGAAAGCUAUACUUUUUUAUAAAGAAUUUAUAAAAAAAAUAAAUUUAAGUAAAUAUAAGGAGUAGUUACAAGAUUUUUUAGCCGCUUAAAAAAAUUAAAUUAAUAAAGAAAAAAAUAAUUUUUCAAAAAAUGUGAAAUAAAUUAAUCUAGUUUCAUAAAUCUAAGAAAAUAAUACUAAUCUUGAAUUUAGAGAAGAAUUAUUCAUUGAAGAAUCCAUCAACUCAAUAUUUUCAAAAAAUCAUUAAGAGAAAGAAGGAGAAAACAAAUAUAAUUCUGUUUAAAAAUCUUUACUUUUAAAAGAAUAAAAAAUCAUGAAAAUUUUAAAAAAUAUCAAAAAAAUAAUUUAAAACACUGAUGUAAAAGAAAACAAAACUUUGUUUUAGAAAUAUUUAGAAAGCAAAUUGGAUGAAGAAGAUAAUUAAAAUCAAUCAAAUAUAAAAAAUGAUUUAAAUAAUAAAAAUUUUAAAGUUGAUGAACAGAGAAAUUUUAUUGCUUAAAAUUUUAUAAAUGAAUAAGGUUAAAUAUAAAUGAAGCUCAUUAUUAAACUUAUGACUGAAAUGGAUAUUUCUAUAAAACACUUAAAUCAAGUUAUUUCUAUAAAGUCUGUAAUACCUGAACUAGUUGAUUCUAGUUCAAGGCUAUACCAAUGCCUCAAAGGUCUUAUCUCAAGAACUUUAAUAAAGAGCCAUCCUUUACUUGAUUAAAUUUAUUAAUUCCUUAAACAAUCUGCUAUAAUUGAAUCAUAAUUUAGCUAAGAUGUAAAAAAUGGUUGGUAUUUCAAGUACUUAAAAACUAUUCCAGAAGAAAAUGAUAACGACUAAAAACUUCUUAGCUUUCCUCACAUUUAAAUUUAAACUGAAAAUAUAAAAAAUCAAAUCAAAUUAAUGAGAGAGCUUCUCUUGAGCUUCUUUAAAUUGGAAAAAAGCCAACUCCUGGUUUUAAGUUAAAAUAAAUUUCCAUAUAGACUAAUUUUUAAUUUACUAAUCGCUGAUUGUUAUGGAAUUGCUGAAUCGACACCUUCUAUUUUUAAACCAAGCUUAGGAGAAUCAAUCCAUUAGAAUUUUUUUGACAUUCAUUCAGUUCAAGCUUUUAAAAAAGUUGAGAAUCUUUAAUGCUCACUUUUAAGAAGAUUUUUUAACUUGGAUGUGAUGAACUAUGGAUCUUCUGUGAACUAGCAACUUCCAUCUUGGAUGAAAUUUACUCUAAAAUCAAAUGCGAUAGUUUUAUAUGGGACCCCUAAAUUACAAGAUGUGGAAACAUUUAUUAUUAGAAUUUAUGAUAACACAAAUUUUAUCAUAAGAUAAUUUGAGGUAGAAAUAUUAAAAUCAAAUGAACCUUUUCCUUAAACAUUAUGUAAAUUAGAAAAUCUAGAAGAUGAAGAUUUUUAAUAAAAUAAAAGUAAAAUUUUAAAUAACAUCUUACCUUUGACAUAAUAGAACUCUUUAAUUUACAAAAGUUAAAUGCAGUAAAAUCAGCUUUCAUCUUUUUACUCGUAAUCUCAAUUUACUAAUCUUAUGUUAAUGAUGAAAGAAAAUGAAGAUUAACCAGAAAUUUAAUAUAUAAAAACAAUAUAAUUUAAAGCAAAACAAAAGUGA